AUGAAGUGUGGAGAAAGGAAUAUUUUUAUAAAGUAUAAAACACGUCUGGAGAAGAAUCUACUUUCAUCUGUGCGUCCCUUCCUGCUAAUUUGUCAGAUUUUCUGCGCGGCACCUGUGAAUAUUGAUUUCUUCAGCUUCACUUCUGCCAAGUCAGGAAGAUUCGCAUAUUUUGGAGGAUUCUAUAGUUUUCUCAAGAUUCUCAUACAUUCCAUAUGGAGUGUAGUGGUUCUGGGAUGCAUUAUUAUAUCAACUUACUACCAGAACAAAGAAUUUGAUCACAAUAUGGAAGUUAUUCAGAGAGCAUUGUACAUGGGUGAGUAUGUUUUUGGGACAAUCAAUGUUGUGAUCAUCAUUGUGGGAUGCCAAUGGCAGAAAUCCAAGUAUGGAUAUCACUUCAGAAAGAUUAUAGACGUAACAAUGCGUCUCCAUCGUUUUGGAUUCACACCACGUUUUGAAGAGACUAGGAUCUUCUUCAAACGUUGGAUUUUUAUCUGUGGCGUCUACUUUAUUGUCGUGGGAUUCACAGAUCUCAUGUAUAAUGAACUAAUUGCAAAGAGUUUCUUCAGGAGUGUUACUGUAUAUACGAUCCCAAAUAUUAUCAGCUGCUUUGCAAUUCUUCAAUUGGCAGGACUUCUUUUUCUGCACAGAUCUAUGAUUUUCCACAUAAAUGAACAUCUUCUGGACCUAGAUGGCAUAACUCCAGUCACACCCACAAGUGUUACUUUCACUCAUGAAGCCAUUGAAACAAUUGAGAUUUUGAGAAAGAUCCACAGAGAUCUGGCACAAAUGGCAGAAUUUGUCAUAAGCAAUUUUAGUAUCCUCAUCAUUACCACUCUUGUGGCAUGUUUUCUCAUCCUAUCCAUCCAACUCUUUGCACUCUAUCAGAUGUUCGAGAACUACUCCAAGACCAAUUAUUUCUUGCUAAUGUAUACAUUCCUAUGGAUAUUUCUGCAUGGUGGGAAAAUUGUUGUCAUCAUAUACUUCAGUGGAAGCUUUUCACGAGAAAAACUUAGAACAGGAAUGGUGCUACAUCAAAUGGAGAUUCGAAGGCAGUUUCAGACGGAUGCACUUCUGACCACAGUUAAUAAGUUUUCAAUGCAAAUUCUUCAUGAACCGAAGAACUUAUCGGCCUGUGGAGUAAUUGAUCUCGACCUAACUCUUCUCAGCACAGUUACCGGAUCUCUGACCACCUACCUGGUGAUUCUAAUUCAAUUUGAUGUGUCUGCUCGCCAAAUGAAGGGUCGAGUUAAGGAUAAAGUGUAAAAAACAAAUCCCGAUAAAUUGAGAAUAAAAUCAUCAUUUAUUAUAGUACUUCUUUUUCGAGGAUUUCUUUCAUUUACAAUCUUUAAAAUAUUUAAGAAGUAUCCUAUGGGAAACUUUCUUUUGAAAUAUUGUGUCUUUGACUUUCUCGAAGAAAGUUUUUUUUUCUCUUUACUUUAAAUUCCAAUGUGCAUCUUUAUAAAUCUGUUCAAAUAAUUACAUUAUUAUUUUUGCAAUAGACUUUGUGUAUCUUGUUUCUUUUAGUGUGCUUCAGGAAUUGAGUUUUGAUCGAGGAAGAGGGAUAUUUUUUUUUUUGGUUUUUAUCACUUAAUUUUACAUAAACAUAUAGACAGAGAGACAUUAAUAUAUUUUUUUGUGUGACACAGAAAAUUUAUCAUGAAUGAUGAAACAUUUAGUUUUAUUAUAAAACACAGGGGUUAAAGUAGUUUUUUUUUGGUUUUAAAAAUAGUACAUCAUUUAUUAAACAAUAUGUUUUCAUGUCCAGAUUUCAUUGGUAUUAUUUAUGGUUAUUCGAUUAUUCAUAUUGCUGGAUGGUUAUUAAAAUACACAUACAAUUUUUGCAUUGUUAGUUAUCAAUUAUUAAUAUAUUUUGGUACAUUUUGUGUAUUUUCAGCUGAUUUAGUGUUCAUUAUCCUUUUGAUUACAGGGCUCUGUGUGUUUUUUAAAUGUUUAAAGUAGAUCAGUUAAUUUAUUUUGUUGUUGUUGACUCUAUUUACCCGACUAUUCCGAACACAGAAUUUCUUUUUUGUUUUACCAUGAUUUCAUGCUCACACAAUAAUUUUCAAUAAUUACACGACAAAGAACGUGGAACGAGAAAUUUUAUCAAGUGCCAGGAACAGAUUGGACUAAGAAGAUAUUGCUUUAAAAAUUU